GAGCUCGUGUUGCGGACCGGCGGUAUAUAAGAACCCAACUUUAGCAUCAGAAGUGCCAUCUGAUAUCUUUCUCAACAAAUAAUUUUGACUCACCAUCAUGUUCGCUCGCCUCGCCUCUCCUUUCCUCUAUGCUCUGCUUGCCUCGACAUUCUUUGUUAGUACAAGCUAUGCAGCCUAUGCUGUCUCGAUGACCAAUUGCCCCGCGCCCUGCCCGAGUCGAACGCCGACGCAUGAACCUUCUGGGACUAUACAAACUACGAGUGAGGCGCAACAGGUCGGCGGCCGUGGUAUCACCACUGCCACUACCACAACUACAACUAGUAUGGCCACGGCCGUGCCCGGGAACUGACUUCGUUCCUCGAAGUUAAAGUAGAACUUGAAAUCAGUGAACGGCGACAGGCAGACUCGAUGAUACUAUAAACUCCGUUUUUUGUAAUUUCAUGUGGGGUGGCCAUAUUGGUUACUCAGAUACAUUAGAAAAACUUGAAUUAGUAGACGAUCGAUGCGGAUAACUUGGAGAUCCAUUUGUGUUUACUGGCUAGGAUGAUGAACAUCUUCAAGUUAACGUUGAUGUUGGGACUUCUACAUAGCACUUGCCCAGAUAAAUCUGUUCUAGUAGGGCCGUGCAUGCAAAAAUAACAUGAAUCUUGGAAUCUGCAACGCCAAAUCGUCAUGCAUCACUGAAAUUCAAUUUUCGCUGUCAAGUCUUAUAAGUGUAAAGCCUAAUACCUAUAGCCAUAGCUCCGUAGCCAACAACUACCGGUACCCUCUCAUUCAUACUGAAAUUGGCAGC